AGCUGACAGUCGCGCGGGCGAGGAAGCUUUGAGGAUGGCGGCGUCCGCGGCGGUGAUUUUGCCGGAGAGUCCCAGCAUGAAGAAAGCGGUGCCGCUGAUAAACGCAAUAGAUACUGGAAGAUUCCCGCGCCUUCUUAGCCGAAUUCUUCAAAAGCUCCACCUGAAGGCCGAGAGCAGCUUCAGUGAAGAAGAGGAGGAGAAACUUCAGGCUGCGUUCUCUCUAGAGAAACAAGAACUGCAUCUGAUUCUGGAAACAAUAGCGUUUGUUUUGGAGCAGGCAGUGUACCACAACUUGAAACCAGCAGCACUUCAGCAGCAACUGGAGAAUAUUCAUCUUACACAAGACAAAGCAGAAGCCUUUGCCAACGCUUGGUCGACUAUGGGUCCAGAAACGGUUGAAAAGUUCAGGCAGAGGAUUCUGGGUCCUCACAAGGAUGCCUUUUUCUUCUGA